UUUUGAUUAAGCAUGGGAGAUCAAAUGUGUGGUUUUUGCUCUGUGUUUCUGCACUGAAGGAAAAUUCUCAUGUGUCCCUUUGUUUGAUGGGUAGUUUCUUUAAUUGCAAAUCUGGAAAAAUACAGAGGCAGACAUGGGAUAUCCAGCUGGUUCAGUGCUAUUGCCCAUCCCGCAGGACUUAUAGAUGCAAAAGCAUUAUGACUUAUUUCUGGCAGUUAUCUGCUUAAAUAUUUUAUAUCCUAUAAAUAUCAUCUACUUGCUGGGAUAUACGACAUAUGCUGUUCAUGCCACGUGCAAAAAUGUUAUAUGCAAAUGUGUAAUUCGCUUGAUCAAAGUUCCAUGGAACUGACUGGAAUCGAUAAUACCUGUUGCCCCUCCCUAUGGUUUCUUCCCUUUUGAAGAAUCUGCUCCAAGCUUACAUUGCAAAGUUUUACAAAGGAAUGUUUGCUAGGAAACAAGCAAAUACAACAAGAAAAAGGGAGAGUAAUAGUGACCACAAAUUACUACGGCACUCGCAAGCAAAUCAGGCUCAAAAUCAAAAAUUUUCCACAAAUUUGAAGACCACUGUCAAACGAUUAGCAAAAUGCCAAUCUGCUCGUAAUUUGUCCGUGGAUGAAGAGGAAGGAAGGCCAGAGUAUUCGCUUUCUCCCACAUUGAGUUACAGGGUGGCCAUAGCUAAUGGACUGGAAAGAAAACUAAAUUCUACCAGUAAUGAUAAACAGGGUCCGGUGGUCUGGUCAGUUGGUAGUGCUACCUCUGAAUCAUUGAAUGAAGUCAGUAUUUCUCAGAAGGUGAAGGAGCAGAAGUCUCACACUAUGCCAGUCAGAAGGAAUAGGAAAAGUGUCAGUAGCCUUGCUGCGUCAGAUGGAAACUCGGAUACGGAUCGUACAAUACUACGACUCGGUGCGUUACGUAAACUUCGCAAAUGGAAGAAAAGUCAAGAGUGUAUUUCCUCAGAGACAGAAAUGAGUACUUGGAAAAAGACUCUUGGUUUCAGGAGCAAAUCUUUGGACAGAACUGGGCGCUUGCAGCAGAAGAGUGGACUAGAACCAACAUUCAGUUCAACUGGCUGCAUCAGUCAGACUCACGAUGUAAUGGAAAUGAUCUUUAAGGAACUUCAAGGAAUAAGUCAAAUAGAAACUGAGCUGUGUGAGCUGCGUGGGCAUGUGAAUGCUCUGAAACAGUCCAUUGAUGAAAUUUCCACAAGUGUGGAAGUGGUGCAAACCGAAAUUGAGCAGUUACGCUCUGGAUUUGUACAGUCCAGAAGAGAAACCAGAGAUAUCCAUGACUAUAUUAGACAAAUUAACUAUCAAGGAAACUGUGUAAGCCUAAGAUUUAUUAAUGUACCAGAAGAUGUGCACGAGAAUACUGAAAAUAUAAUUUAUGCAAUUAUAGAAGACAAGUUAGGGCUUACGGAUGCACGACAAACUGUUCAGAUUGAACUUGCCCAUAGACUGGGGCAGCGGCGAGACUGUAUCAGUGCUAAGCCCCGCCCUAUUCUUGUGUAUUUUGACAAUCCACAGAAUAGAGAUUUAAUUCUCAAAAAAUGUUAUAAAUUGAAAGGUUCUGGCAUUGGAAUUUCCACAGAGAUCAUUCAUGAGCCAAAUGACAGAAAGGAAUUUUCACUUCCACCAAAAUCUCAGACCUAUGAAAGUAUGAAUAUGAAGUUAACGACGGCUGAAGAGGAGCCGAGAGGCAGUGAGUGGGCAUCAUCAGCAUCCAGUGACAAAGACCUGGAGGAAGCCCUUCACAGCCACAGUUUUGAAGUUAGUUCCAAAGCAGUUUUUGAGAAAGUACUCAUCUCUUCAAAAUUAGGUGCAGAAUCUCACAAUGUUGUUAACGUUGACAGAACUGUUGUUUGUAGCUCAUAUUCAAAUUCAACGCAGUUAUGUACUGCUGACAAUUUUCAUUCACCUCCACUUGAAGACGCCCAGAAACAGACAGAGCCUUACUACAAUGAGCUCUCACCCACGUGGCUGCAGAGUGAUUGCUGCACAACUAAGCUCAGUCACUCAGAGUCUGAUUUUUCGAAGCUCUGUCAGUCAGUGUCAUACUCUGAAGAUUUUUCAGACAAUCAGUUCUUACUCAGAGCAGAUGGUGCCUCGGUUGUUUCAUCUUCAGAAAAGGAUAUUUGGUUAAGAGGUAAAGAAGAAGGAGCAUCCUCUUGGAUUAAUACCAGUAAUCAACCACAUGACUAUGAAGACCAACAUUACAUGCGACAAACAGAAGCGGAAAAGACAGAAACUGCUGAUAGUGGCAUGAGCAAUGGGUUAAUAUGUGCAUCUGGUGAGAGAAGCCAUUACAGUGAUUCUCAGUUGUCCUUGCAAUGUGACCUCUCGCCAUGGAAAGAAUGGCAGCAUCUGGAACAAGGCACAGACUCUGGUCUUGGCACUUCACAGCAUGUCUUUGCUUCUGAAGUAAAUAGCCCAUCAGAGCAAAAUGUCUUGAGCUACACAACAGAUUUUGAUGAAAGUUACCAGGCUGCUGGCCAAGACUACGAGGAGGAAAUAUAUGAGGCAACAUUUGACACUUCUGAAUGUAUUGAUUUUGAUGGGGAACCUCAAAAUCAGUGGGAAAAUGCAUAUAACCCCUAUCAUGACUCGUAUUCUACUGAUUAUUAUCAGUAUCAAAACAGAUCUCCACUAAGAUGUCACAGUCAGAGUGACCUACCUAAUGAUAAUGACCCAGCAGAGACACCUGCUAAAUCCUGGCAUAGUCACCUAAGUAUUGAUCUCUCAGAUACUGGAUUCAGUUUUCAGAAAUUUGGAUCAUCACUUCAACGUGCUAAAUCUGCCUUGGAAGUUGUUUGGAAUAAAAUGGACUCUAGAAGUACCCAGAGUUUGAGUGAAGAAGAAGUGAGAGGCAAUUUUAUGGAUCGUUUGAGGACCUUUUCUCAAUCUACAGCAGGCGAAUCAAGCACUACUCUUGAUUCUGAUGUUUAUUAUGAGCCUUACUAUUAUAGAGCUGAGGAAGAUGAGUCCAGUGAACAAGCAGGAGAACAUGGAAUGGAUUAUGUUGAGGUGAUGGAGGAAGUUCUUGCAAAACUGGAAAAUAAGACAUUUCAUAAAGAAAGUAAUGAACAGACAUUAUCACCGGAGCCUUUGGAAGAGUUUACUGUCCCAGACGUAGCUGAAGACAGUGAAGAGGGCUCUUAUGAUGUCGGCAGUCUUAAUGAAGAAAAAGAGCCUAUAGCUGAAAUCUUAGAAGAGGCAGAAGAGCCUAUAGCUGAAAUCUUAGAAGAGGCAGAAGAGCCUACAGCUGAAAUCUUAGAAGAGGCAGAAGAGCCUAUAGCUGAAAUCUUAGAAGAGGCAGAAGAGCCUAUAGCUGAAAUCUUAGAAGAGGCAGAAAAUGAUGUUGUUCCAGAAGAAUGUUCAGAAAGUCAAGAAAGUCAGACUGCUCCAGAGGAACCUCCUCCUGAAGCUGCAAAGAAAGUUAGAAUAAAACCUACCUUCAGGCAAGCUGCUUUCAAAGCGUAUAGACAACAAGUAGCAGAUAACAAUUCUGUGGAUCAACAGGCUCAUCUCACAAGCAAAGAUGUUUUUGAUGCAUCUAACCUUUCCAAUCUCAAGACUCCAGGAGGGGCUGGAAGUGUGCUGUACGGCAUUGACAGCAUGCCAGAUCUACGUCGGAAGAAGACUGUGCCCAUCGUUCGAGAUGUGGCGAUGACCCUUGCUGCGAGAAAAGCAGGCAUUUCUUUUGCCAUGACCACAAGAACCUCGGUAAACAAUCAAGAAUUGAAGUUACAUGUUUACAAGAAAACAUUACAGGCCUUAAUCUACCCAAUAUCGUCAACUACACCGCACAAUUUUGAGGUGUGGACAGCAACUACUCCAACCUACUGCUAUGAAUGUGAGGGGCUGCUGUGGGGCAUCGCAAGGCAAGGCAUGAAAUGUACUGAGUGUGGUGUCAAAUGCCAUGAAAAGUGUCAAGACCUUCUCAAUGCUGACUGUUUGCAACGAGCAGCCGAGAAAAGCUCAAAGCAUGGUGCAGAGGAUAAAACACAAAACAUCAUUGCAGCCAUGAAGGAAAGAAUGAAAGUCAGAGAGACCAACAAGCCUGAGAUUUUUGAGUUGAUCCAAGCACAAUUUGAAGUGUCCAAAGAAGACUAUGCACGGCACUUGAAGGCGGCAAAACAGAGUGUGUUGGAGGGGACGUCCAAGUGGUCAGCAAAGAUCAAAAUAACAGUGCUCUGUGCUCAGGGUUUACAAGCAAAAGAUAAGACUGGCUCGAGUGACCCUUACGUCACAGUGCAAGUGGGUAAAACCAAAAGGAGGACCAAAACCAUUUUUGGGAAUCUCAACCCCAGCUGGGAUGAAACAUUUCACUUUGAGUGCCAUAAUUCCACUGAUAGAAUAAAGGUUAGAGUCUGGGAUGAAGAUGAUGACAUCAAGUCUCGAGUUAAACAGCAUUUCAAAAAAGAAUCAGACGACUUUCUUGGACAAACAAUUAUUGAAGUCCGAACACUGAGCAGUGAGAUGGAUGUCUGGUAUAACUUAGAGAAGAGAACGGACAAAUCUGCUGUUUCUGGAGCAAUUAGAAUGAAAAUCGCUGUUGAAAUUAAAGGAGAAGAGAAAGUGGCACCGUAUCAUGUGCAGUACACAUGCUUACAUGAGAACCUGUUCAAUUAUUUGACUGAAACAAAAUAUAGCGGUGUUGUAAAAAUCCCACAAGUGAAAGGAGAUGAAGCAUGGAAAGUGUACUUUGAAGAUUACGCUCAAGAAAUUGUGGAUGAAUUUGCAAUGCGUUAUGGAGUUGAAUCAAUUUAUCAGGCCAUGACGCAUUUCUCCUGCCUGUCAUCCAAAUAUAUGUGCCCGGGGGUUCCAGCAGUAAUGAGCACUUUGUUGGCCAAUAUUAAUGCCUAUUUUGCGCACACCACAGCGACGACAAAUGUUUCAGCCUCGGAUCGAUUUGCUGCCUCAAACUUUGGAAGAGAAAAGUUUAUAAAACUCCUGGAUCAGUUGCACAACUCUCUGAGGAUUGACCUUUCUAAAUAUAGGGAUAAUUUCCCAGCAAGUAAUCCAGAAAGACUGCAAGACCUGAAGUCUACAGUGGACCUUUUGACCAGCAUUACCUUUUUUAGAAUGAAGGUUCAAGAACUGCAAAGCCCCCCCAGAGCGAGUUCGGUCGUGAAAGAUUGUGUGAAAGCCUGCCUGGACUCCACCUACAGAUACAUUUUUGACAAUUGCUUUGACUUGUAUAACCAGUUGCUGGAUCAGAGUAAAAAACAAGACAUUCCUCGUGAAGAACAGGGACCCAGCAAUAAAAAUCUGGAAUUCUGGCCUAAGCUCAUUACUUUGAUGGUUUCUUGUGUAGAAGAGGACAAGGCAGCCUAUUCUUCGAUCCUCAACCAAUUCCCCCAAGAACUUCACAUGGGAAAACUAAGUGCCGAGGUUAUGUGGCAGCUAUUUACCCAGGACAUGAAGUACGCUCUUGAAGAACAUGAAAAACAUCGAUUAUGCAAGAGUGCCGAUUAUAUGAAUUUGCACUUCAAAGUAAAAUGGUUUUAUAAUGAAUAUGUGCAAGAUCUUCCAGGUUCCAAAGAUGCAGUGGCGGAAUAUUCUUUGUGGUUUGAACCUUUUGCCAUUGAUUGGCUGGAUGAAAAUGAAGAUGUUUCAAUGGAGUUUCUAAAUGGAGCCCUCGAAAGAGACAAAAAAGAUGGGUUCCAGCAAACCUCUGAACAUGCUCUGUUCUCCUGCUCUGUUGUGGAUGUCUUCACUCAACUGAAUCAAAGUUUUGAAAUUAUCAAAAAGUUAGAAUGUCCUAAUCCAGAGGCUCUGGCACAUUUCUUGAGGAGAUUUGCUAAGACUAUCACUAAAGUUCUCCUCCAAUAUGCUGCUAUUAUCGCAAAAGAAUUCAGCUCACACUGUUCCAAGGAGAAGCUGCCUUGCAUCCUGAUGAACAACAUCCAACAACUGAGGGUCCAGCUGGAGAAAAUGUUUGAGUCGAUGGGUGGUAAAGAGCUUGAUGAUGAGGCUAGCAAUCUCCUGAAGGAACUGCAGGCCAAUCUCAAUGGUGUCUUGGAUGAACUGAGCUAUACCUUUGCCACCAGCUUCCAGUCCGUAAUUGAAGAAUGCGUGAAACAGAUGAAUCUCGAAUUAUAUCAGAUGAGAGGAAAUGGGAACUCAUCUACCAACAGGAACAGCGCAACCAUUGACGCAGAAACCGUCCUUAGGCCUUUAAUGGAUCUUCUGGAUAAAAACCUGACGCUGUUUGCUAAAAUCUGCGAGAAGACUGUUCUAAAAAGGGUUCUGAAGGAACUUUGGAAAAUAAUUCUGAACAUAAUAGAAAGAAAGAUUGUUCUGCCUGCGCUAACUGACCAAAGUGGAGCUCAAAUGAUCUUCAGUGCAGCAAAAGACUUGGGCCAGUUAUCAAAGCUAAAGGAACAUGUGAUUCGGGAAGAGGUGAAAAGUCUCAGUCCUCGCCAAUGUGCAAUAAUGGAAGUCGUGUUGGCCACCAUAAAGCAAUAUUUCCAUGCUGGAGGAAAUGGCUUGAAGAAGACAUUCCUAGAGAAGAGCCCCGACUUGCUGUCCUUGAAAUACGCACUCAGCCUCUACACCCAGACAACAGAUACCCUAAUUAAAAAAUAUAUCAACACUCAGUCUUCACAAGCUCAAUCUGCAAAUGGCUCAGUGGGAGAAGUAUCGAUUCAUGUAGACCUCUUCACUCACCCUGGUACUGGAGAACACAAAGUUACAAUUAAAAUUGUUGCUGUCAACGAGCUGAUCUGGCAAACAACGGCCAUGUUCCGACCCUUUGUAGAAGUUCAUGUGAUUGGACCAAACCUCAGCGACAGGAAAAGAAAAUUUGCCACAAAAACCAAAAACAACGUUUGGUCACCAAAGUACAACGAGACAUUUCACUUCCUUCUGAGCAAUGAGAACAGCCCCGAGUCCUUCGAGCUUCAUGUGACGGUGAAAGAUUACUGCUUUGCCAGAGAAGACCGGAUUAUCGGAAUGACCGUCAUCCAGCUAAAGGACAUUGCCGAGAAAGGGACCUGUGCCUCGUGGUACAGCCUCAUCAAGAACAUUAACAUGGAUGAAACUGGCCUGACAAUUCUCAGAAUACUCUCCCAGAGGACCAAUGAUGAAGUGGCCAAAGAAUUUGUACGCCUCAAAUCCGAUACCAGAUCCUCGGAAGAAACCACAUAAGAAGCAGACGAGAGAGAAUGCAAGGAAGCUGAAGUUAUCUUUAGUGCAUGUCUGUUUUAAAUGUGUGGGUACGUUUAUCUGAAUAUGUGCAGGUGUGUGCAGAAAAUUAUAAAGUACUUCAGCCCACUGUUCCAGUGACGAAAUGGGAAGGAUGUUAUCUCAGUCUCUCAGACAGUUGUUCUGAUAAAGUGCCAAAUCAAGAUUAUCCAAGGGAAUUUUCUCCUGGUAUUUUGGGAUUUUUUCAAUUUGCUAUAGGAUUAAAAUCUAACACUGACUUGCUUUUCUGUGGUUUUUAACACUAAGUAUUGAUCCUUCAUUUGUGACAGGCUUUGUCUCUCUACUUCUGCGAUGUUGGGCUGUGAUUAUCCAGAGCAUGUUAAUGUAUCUCAGCUAAGUUACAUCCUAAAACUUACUAGUAUACUUUACAUUUUUGUAAGUUGCAUUUUACUUCCCCAGACGAAGACAUUUAUAUUGAGGUAACUGUUGAUGACAUUUAGACUGCUUAUACUUUUCACUCUUAAUUCACCAAACUGCAAACUACUGGUCAUUAUUAAAGGUGCAAGACAAUUCAUAUUAGCUUAGUUAUUUUUCUGACACAUCACUGUGAAGAUGAUACUUAGCUGACAUCGUAACCAAUUUUCUUAAAGAGAAACAGCUCAUGAGCAAACUGGCAUUGUUAAUUUCCAAAAGUUGCCAAAAGGAUCCAAGGUCCAUCCAAUACUUUUUUAUGCCACAUUAAGAGGCCACAUAUGUUUACAAAGCAACCGGGCUGUUUUGGUGAUUUGAAUAGAAAUACUAUGUUUCUGAUAAAUAGUGAAGCUGUUACUAUUUUCAAUGAUGCGAUUGUAAAUGUUGCUUUAUAAAAUGGUAAUAUUGUUCCAGCUGUAAUCCUCAUUGUUUCAGCAUUUUCAACAAAUGGUAAAUAUGCAACAUCCUUAUGUAUUGCACUGAUGUUGAAAUGAGUGUCAUGUAAAUAUAUUUAGUGAACAAUUGUACAAUAAAGCAUUGGAAAAAUUCCA